AUGGAACUGGAACACAAGAAAACAGCUCAACUACUAAGAGUGCUUGAGAAGUGGAUGCCAGAUUGUUUCCUAGUUUACAAAGUGGUUCAUAACUAUUGGAAAAUGAAAUGCCCCCACAUAGCUGUCUAUGUUGAUAAUCAAGACAUCAACCAAAUCACUAGUAUUAUAUGUGAUGUCACAAGAGAGAAUAUAUAUGGGUAUAAACAUAAAUACUAUAUUUACAGUGUCAAUGUUACAAAUAUGCAAAAACUGCUCCACCAACAUGGUGUAAUAAAGUCAAUCCAAGACGGUGAAAUUCAGGUAGAGUUCUCCAUUUCAUUGUACGACAUAAUCAAAAAUUUCUUUGAAUGCAAUCAACAUUGCACAAGUGAAUCAGAAUUCUAUUGUCAGUACACAUUAAACAAUUCUGAUAAAUUUGAAAAAAUGAUUAAGAAGAAACUACCUUAUGGGAUGCGAUUAGCCCCGCUAGAUAAAAAACAUGCUAUUUACAUCCAUGAUGAGUGGCAAUACGGAACUCCACCACCGAUCAAGACAUUUGAAAAUCUUAUAAAUGGUAACUGUCUAGCAACCUUGGCUGUGUUUAAUGAAGAAGAUCAGCCAAUCAGCAGAGCUGUUGUAGGACAAAUUGGUGACAUAGGGAUGACAUACACAGCUUCCAAGUAUAGGAGAAAAGGAUUGGCUAGUAUUGUCACAGCAAAUUUAGCAAAGAAGUUGUUAAAGGAUGGAAUAUUGCCACUUGUUUACAUAAGUGACAAAAAUCAAAUCUCAAUUGACAUGCAUACAAGUUUAGGAUUUCAGAAAACACAAAUGAGAACACUAGUAUGCUUCAAAAAAGUGGAAUGA